GGUCUGAGUUUUCAUGAACUCUGCUUUGAGAACAGCCAGAAUUAAAAUGGGCUGCAAAGCCAAGGCAUUUCAGAAGGAGGUAUGAAAGGAGGGAGCAAGCAUGGAAAUGGAAGGAACUGGAAAUUUCCAGGCACUUCGAGCAAAGUUUCAAAAUGAUUCCAAUUUUUCGAAUGUUUUGCUGCGACCUACAAAGAAGCUUCCUGCAGAAAUCAUAUCAAAGCAAAAUACCAAUGGUGGUUGUACAACAAAACCCAAGCCCUUUCGUCGAGCGCAAGUUCCAGAUCCUGAGCAAAAGACUGAGUGGUCCACAUCACAUAAAUCUGAAACAGUGCAAGUACAGCCUGUGGUUUUGCCAAGGAUCAGGCUUCGUGAAUUAUCUGCAGUUGACAAGGAUGAAGAUAAAAAAAGCACAGACUUGCUGGAGUGCUUUAGUGCAAAGACUGCACCUGUGACAGAAUCACCAAAGCAGAGACCAACAUCUUGUCUUCAUUCUCCAGAAGCUCCAGCACAACCCAGUUCUUUCCGUGACACUCUGCAUAUUUGGGAAAAUGCUGUAUCUCAUAAUGACCAAAAGUCUUCUACAAUACCAACACAAAGUGCAAAUAAAGUAGCAUCCAUUAUACAACUGAAAAAUAAUCCUGGUACUGUCACUGGAGAGGAUACAAUAAAAAUCACUGCAAAUAAGCAAGAACUGGUAUUUUCUGCAUCAAAUAAUCCUUCCCACCUACAUGGUGAGCCAGCUCCAUUUCCUACCAUCUCACCACCUGUUCCCCCAAGAGGUCAUACAAGCUUGGAGAAAAGAGCACAUGAAACCAUUAAUGUUAUUGAUUCCAUCCAACAUGCUUAUGACCCUGCCAUGCCUAAUAAGGUUAUUCAAGGCACAAAUGAAAAAGAUCAUUAUGUCAAGGACUGCAAACUUCCAAAAAACAAACCACUGCCUUCCAUUGUGUCACUUGGUCCUCCUCCAAAGAAACCACCAAGACCUCCUAAGGUAGAUCUCAGUAUCUUCCAUAAAAGGUUGCCAGAUGCUGUAGAUGAUGAAUAUAUGACUCCUGAAUGUCCUGAAACUGGAGAAGAGAAUACUUAUGAAGAAACAGUAUCUUACCUGAAACAGCAAGAAAAUUCCUCUAGCUCAAACGUUGCUCAAGAAACUACACAUUCUUCCAGCACUGGAAAAAUGAAAAAUAUCAAGGGACAUUUUCUCACUGCCGCAUGUAGCUCUGAAAAAGAGGAUGAACUAGAGAGAAGAGCAGUCUGGAAUAAUGAAUCAUCAAACCAACAAGCAGCAAAAUUUAUAUUCAAGAUUGGAGACGAUGGAGAGAUACUUGCAAAAACAAGAUUAAAGGGAGAAAGUUUUGAUGGGAAGAAUGUGCUUCAAAAGGGAACACCACAAACUUUCAGUGAGCGAUUCCUAGAAAAAGAUAGAAAUUUUUCAGAUGGGUACGUGUGCCUGGAAGCUUUGAAAGUCAAAGAAGAACAAGCAGCUCAGGAUCCCAGGGCUCCCAGUCCUGUGCAAGCUCUGGAGGAAUUGUACGAUGAUGUAGAAGGAAUAGAGAGGGAAUUUCAAGCCUUGGAUACCUUAAGCUCAUUCACUUCUGACAGUGUUCCAGACAGUAUCUAUGAAGAAACAUAUGAGGAUGUUCAAAGUGGAGAUUAUAAAUCAACAAAAUCAGACAAUGACAAAGUAGAAAAAUUGAAGAAAAUUGGAAAAUUUUUCAAGAAAGAAAAGUUUAAAAUGAAAAACUCUCAGCUGAAAGAGAAUAUCUGCAACCUCUCCAGUUCUGUGCCAAAUCUAGAUGUUAUGACCCAAGAAAACAUGGUCUAUGAUGAUGUCAACAUGGAAGAUAAUGAUAUAAAAGAAAAGAAUGAAAUGCAUAAAAACUGGAAGUCAAGAUUCCUUGUGUCCAAAGAAAAGGAUCGAAGGAGAAGCAGUGAAGAUGCUGAAAUCCUGUCUUCCAGAAACUUAUUCAAAGUCAAGAAAUAUAAUGUUGGAAAGCAUAGCAAGAUGUUGAAAGAAGAGCAGCUGUUUAGAGAGAGAUUUAUGUAUACUAAGGAAAUCACAGUAAUAAAUACAGCAGUUGCACACUGUUCAAAUACUUUGACCAAAAGAAAACUUGACUUACGGAUCACAGCUGGAGAACAACUUGAAGUCAUUGAUAUUGCUGAAGGAAACCAAUUAAUUUGUCGAAAUUCUGAAGGCACAUAUGGGUAUGUGCUAUUAGAACACUUGAAUUUCAGUCAUUAAUGUAGUAGGACUGAAGCCCAUCUCCUGUGUCUACGCAUGACUUCAUAGGAAACAAACACUGAAUAUAAGCAAUGGUAAGAAGCUUCUUUGCUUGGUGUGCAAUAGGACUGAGUGGUGUCAUUUAGGUCAAUACUAAAUUGGAAUUCUUCAGUAGCUCAAGUGUUUCUUGCUUGACUGACUGACUGUCACGUGACUGCUCCAGAGCUUUUCAAUAUUACCAGUUCUAAUUAGUUUGUUACCAUUCUUCAGAUUUGUACUGCCUUAUAUGCAGCUUGCUAAUUUGUAGAUAAGGGCUAGGAUCUAGCUCCCCAUGUACAUGUCUAAAGUAACUUUGAAUGCAUAAAGGACUCAAAUCAGCUAUGUCAACUUUGGCUCUUCGUGUAUGUCAUACUGUACUGGAUGAUCCCCUGAACCUUUCUGAGUUUGGGUGGCUAUUAUCAUGAGGGGAAAACAGAAAAAUGCCCAUGAUUUCGUGGAAACCAUCUUGUACUUCUCUGGAACGCAGUCUCUGUGUACAAGAACUUUCUUGCUGAUGUAAAACUGGACAUUUAUAUGCUAAUGUAUAUUAAGUCAUUUUUGAAGGUGUGAAAGCUAAAUGUACAUUCUGAAUACAAAUCAGUAGAUCAGCACUAUUCAAAGCA